CAAUUUUCGAAAACAAACAAUGAAGUCAAAGUGAAGUACCCCACACUGACAAUUACACAAAGCAAACAUUCAGAAUUUUACUACAUGUUGGGCCCCACUUUUCCUUUUUUUCUUUCCCAUCGUAUCGCGCUUCUUUUAAAACCAAACCUUCCUUCUCUUUUCUCUACUUAGUCUCUAGUCUCGAGUCAGUACUCCCAACUUCUAAAUCUCUUUCUUCCCUCCAAGUCCUACUUCUGUAAUUCUGUUCCUCCAUAGAAGUAUUUCUAUGCUUGAGUAAGAGUUCAUAGAUUCACGCUCAUCAGCAACAUUUUCCGAUCACGGUAGCUCCCCACAGUCCCUACCUUAUCCAAGAAAAAUUGUAAAAUGGGAGUUGGGAAAAUGAGGGAACCAUUGCAAGGGAUUGUAUGUGAUCUCCAAGGAAGAUUGAGAUGUUACAAGCAAGAUUGGAUUGGUGGUAUUAAAGCUGGAGUUGGGAUAUUGGCCCCAACUACAUUCAUCUUUUUUGCUUCUGCACUUCCAGUCAUAGCUUUUGGAGAACAACUUAGCAGGGACACAGAUGGAAGUUUGAGCACAGUUGAAACUUUAGCUUCAACGGCAAUAUGUGGAAUCAUACAAUCCUUAAUUGGUGGACAACCUCUGUUGAUAGUAGGGGUUGCUGAACCUACCGUGAUCAUGUACUCUUACCUAUACAAAUUUGCUCAAGGGAGACCUGAUUUGGGAAAAGAACUUUUCCUAGCUUGGGCAGGAUGGGUUUGUGUAUGGACCUCCCUAAUGUUGAUUCUGCUUUCGGUAUUCAAUGCUGCAACGAUCAUUAAUCGGUUCACAAGGGUUGCAGGGGAGUUAUUUGGCAUGUUGAUCACUGUUCUUUUUAUCCAAGAGGCCAUCAAGGGUGCAGUGAGUGAGUUUGGAAUUCCUAAAGCCGAGAAUCCUCGUGAAGUGAAGUUUCAAUUCCAGUGGCGUUAUGUAAAUGGGUUGCUUGGGAUAAUAUUUACCUUUGGACUUCUUUUGACUGCCUUAAAGAGUCGUAGGGCAAGAGCAUGGCGCUAUAGUACAGUUCGAAUUAGAAGCUUCAUUGCAGAUUAUGGGGUUCCUUUGAUGGUUGUAAUUUGGACCGUUGUGUCAUUUAGCAUUCCUAAUGGAGUUCCUAAUGGAGUACCUAGAAAACUUUCUAGUCCUUUGCCCUGGCAAUUUGAAUCCUUGUAUCACUGGACUGUUGUUAAGGAUAUGGUUAAGGUGCCUGUGGUAUACAUCUUUGCUGCCAUAGUCCCUGCUGUGAUGGUGGCAGGACUCUACUUUUUCGACCAUAGUGUUGCUUCUCAACUCGCACAGCAAAAGGAAUUCAAUUUAAGAAAACCUUCUGCUUACCACUAUGAUAUCUUGGUGCUUGGAUUUAUGACAUUGCUUUGCGGACUUAUUGGACUUCCUCCAUCAAAUGGCGUCCUUCCGCAGUCUCCAAUGCAUAGUAAGAGCCUCGCUACUCUUAAGAAGCAGCUGAUGGGGAAGAAGAUGGUAAAGUGCGCAAAAGAAAACAUGAAGAAUAAUGCUAGCAGCACUGAAAUCUAUGACCAGAUGGAAGAUAUAUUCAUCGAAAUGGAUCAAAGCCCCGAUCGAUUUAAAGUUGCCAAAGAACUUGAAGAACUGAAACAGGCAGUGAUGAAGAAAGACAUCAAAGAAGGAAACGAUAACAAUGCAUUUAGACUUGAUCAUAUCGAUGCGUAUCUUCCAGUUAGAGUCAACGAGCAAAGAGUGAGCAACUUGUUACAGUCAGUCCUUGUAGCAGGUGCUAUGUUUGCUAUGCCCGUGAUUAAGCUGAUACCCACCUCUGUUCUUUGGGGAUAUUUUGCAUAUAUGGCCAUUGAUAGCCUCCCAGGAAGCCAAUUCUGGGAAAGAAUCCUCCUCCUUUUCAUUACACCUUCUAGAAGAUACAAGGUUUUGGAAGGUGUUCAUGCAUCUUAUGUGGAAACAGUGCCCUUCAAAUACAUUGCUACUUUCACAAUAUUCCAGGUUGUGUACUUGUUGAUCUGCUUCGGAAUUACUUGGAUUCCAAUUGUUGGGAUUCUUUUCCCUUUGCCGUUCUUCCUUCUCAUAAGCAUACGACAACACAUACUCCCGAAGUUUUUUGAUCAAAUUCAUCUGCAAGAAUUGGAUGCUGCCGAGUAUGAGGAGAUUAUCGGUGCACCAAGACGUGCUAUUAGUUUGUCUUUCAAGACGGAAACACUUGAUGAUGAACCAAUUGGAGAUCAUGGUGAGUUACUAGAUGAACUCACUACCAGCAGAGGGGAGUUUCGGAUCCGAACAUUGAGCUUUAAGAAUCCACAAAGGGAUUCUCCGAAAGAUGAAUCAAUGGGAGAUGAGAUACUAGAUGAACUCACUACUAGCAGAGGAGAAUUCAGGAUCCGAACCUUGAGUUUUAAUAAUCCACAGGUUCAACGUCAAGAUGUUGCUCGUACAAUGCGAAGUAAAAGUUUUGUAUGACAUGUAGUAAAGUUCGACCCUAAUGAAGAUAGAAAAUUAAAUGUUCGAAUAGAGUUGGAGUGUGCAUAGUGAAGUUGGAAAAGUUGUAUGAAAUUAGAUGGUUUGGUCAUAACUAUACCUAUGCAAUGGGCUGGGAGCCUGGGAGCCUGGAUCCAACUCUUAAAUACAUGGGUUUUAAAUGGAACUAUUUGCGUAAAUGGAGCGGGGUAGAAAUAGAAAUUAAAAAGGCCUUCAUUAUUUUUUAUCACUUAACCAAAUUGAUUUAUUCGAUGCUCUCUACAUCUACUAUAAGAAAUCUAAGCAAUAUUUUUGGUUCA